GGAGGCAGAGGAUGAUGAGGGGGCGGAGGAGGCAGCACCUCCUUGCUGUGUGUGUGCUGAUGGUCGUUGCUGGAGGUUUUCUGAAGUCGAGGGUCACCAAUCUCCCAGCAGACAGACCUCUAAUCAGGAGGAGACUGCUGCAUGUCACACUCCAAGACAACACUGAAAUCCUCGGUUACAUACUUGGCCUGUUGUCCUUUGUCAUCACAUGUACCUCCAGGUUCCCUGCAGUCUGCAGAGCAUACAAAGGACAGAUGUUCACCUGGACUUCCAUGUUCUCUGGACUGCUCUGCUCACUGGCUAGUGGCCUCUAUGCUGCUGCAAUACUCCUCUACGACACUCAGUUUGGGUUUCUUCUAAGAGUCAUGCCGUGGCUGCUGUCAGCAAUAUGCUGUGUCACCCUGGACCUACUUAUUCUAGUCAUCCACUGGUGCAAGAGAGGAACCAGACAGCAGUUUUCCAGUUUUUCUACAGACACUCAAAGCCUUUUAGGCGGCACACAAACCCCGGCAGAGGAUAACGCUGUCAUGAAGAGACAAAGAAAACAGCAAGUUCACUUAUCAGCACAAACAAAAACUAAAGAUGUCCAGAAGAUGACUGAGAUGGGCCGUUACAUGGAUGUCAGUGUUCAACCUCCAAGAAAAGAGGUGAUGACCAAGGACCAACUUUUUGAUGGAAAGGUGCGAGUGAUCAGAGUCAGCAGUUUCUGCUCCUCAGAUACAUCCUAUGACUCGUCAGUAGUGAGUUCUGAUCUAGAGGUAGGUUAAGUAAAAUCAUCUUGACCAUUUUGUCACAGAAACAGGGUGACAUUUU